GAGAACCCGGGCGCGGCAUCUCAGAGUCAGGCGCUCACCCCCCGCGGCCUCCGACCCGCGCUGCGCUCGCGAGUCCUUCCCCCGGCCGCGGCUCCGCACGGUGGGGGGUGGGGACGCCUACUUCCCCGGGCGCCGAGCUCUGCCCGCUGAGACUCAGACCCUGCACGCUGCACUGGGGACCAGUGAGUGACUCCGGCAAUGCUACCCCGAUGGGAACUGACUCUUUACCUGCUUGCUUCCCUGGGCUUCCACUUCUACUCUUUCUAUGAAGUGUACAAAGUCUCCAGGGAGCACGAAGAUGGACUGGACCAAGAAUUUGAGCUGGGCACAGACACUCUAUUUGGAGGACUGAAGAAGGACCCGACUGACUUUGAGUGGAAUUUCUGGCUGGAGUGGGGGAAGCGGAGCCUGGUAUGGCUCUUCCUUGGCCAUGCAGCUGUGUCUCAGUUGGCCACACUGCUCGCAAAGAAGCACAGACCCUGGAUUAUCAUGGUCUAUGGAAUGUGGGCUUGUUGGUGUGUGCUGGGGACCCCAGGCGUGGCCAUGGUCUUUCUCCACACCACCAUCGCCUUCUGCGUGGCCCAGUUCCGGUCAAUGCUCCUGUCCUGGCUGUGUUCUCUCCUCCUGCUCUCCACCCUGAGACUGCAAAGUGUGGACGAGGUUAAGAGGCGGUGGUACGAGACAGACAGUGAGUACUACCUGCUGCAGUUCACGCUGACUGUUCGCUGCCUGUUCUACACCAGCUUCAGCCUGGAGCUGUGCCGGCAGCCUGCGCCUGCCCAGCGGGCCUCCCCUUCCUUCCUGUGGCUGCUGGCCUAUGUCUUUUAUUAUCCUGUCUUCCACAAUGGACCCAUCCUCAACUUCCCGGAGUUCUUCAAACAGAUGCAGCAGCCAGAGCUCAGCUCUCCGAAGCAGAGCCUUUGCAUUCUAGCCAAGGGCCUGGGCCGCCUGCUCUGCUGGUGGUGGCUGGCUGAACUGAUGGUCCACCUCAUGUUCAUGCAUGCCCUCUACAGCAGCCCCCUCCUGGAGAGCGCUUCCUGCUGGACCUUAGGAGGACUGGCCCUGGCCCAAGUACUCUUCUUCUAUGUGAAAUACUUGGUGCUCUUCGGUGUUCCGGCUCUGCUCAUGCACCUGGACGGGCUCACACCGCCACCCCUUCCCCGCUGCGUCAGCACCAUGUUCAGCUUUACUGGGAUGUGGAGGUAUUUUGAUGUUGGACUACACAAUUUCUUGAUCAGGUAUGUGUACAUUCCACUGGGCGGAUCUCAGCGUGGCCUGCUGGGAACACUGCUUUCUACCGCGAUGACGUUCGCAUUUGUGAGCUAUUGGCAUGGUAGCUAUGAAGACCUCUGGUGCUGGGCAGCGCUCAACUGGCUGGGAGUCACCGUGGAGAGCGGAGCCCAGAGGCUGCUGGAGAGGCGCUGUAUCCGGGAGACCUUGACCCGGUACCUCUCUCCGCAAGCUCGCCGCCGGUUGCACGCUCUGCUCGCCUCUUGCUCGACCUCCAUGCUGAUCCUGUUCAACCUGGUGUUUCUGGGAGGGAUUCAUGUUGGCAAAACCUACUGGGACAGGAUCUUCCUGCAAGGCUGGCCGUGGGUGACCCUGUCUGUCCUGGGGUUCCUGUACUGUUAUUCACAUGUGGGUAUCGCCUGGGCUCAGACAUACACAGUUCUCUAAUGCUACUGGCCCGGGUCAGCCUGGCUGUCAGCCUUCAAGGGACAUGGCAUUUUGACUGAACCUCUUACUCUGAGAUCAUCCCUGAGGACACCUUCCAUUCCGAGACCAUCCCUGAGGACACCUUCCACCCCAGGACCAUCCCUGAGGAUGCCUUCCAUUCCGAGACCAUCCCUGAGGACAUCUUCCAUUCCGAGACCAUCCCUGAGGACGCCUUCCAUUCCAGGACCAUCCCUGAGGACACCUUCCACCCCAGGACCAUCCCUGAGGACACCUUCCAUUCCGAGACCAUCCCUGAGGACACCUUCCAUUCCAGGACCAUCCCUGAGGACACCUUCCACCCCAGGACCAUCCCUGAGGACGCCUUCCACCCCAGGACCAUCCCUGUUGAUCACCUUCCACUCGUCUUCUGCUGAAGAUGCUUCAUCCUGAGUCUCACAGCUUUCUCUAUCACAGAAAAUGUACAACCUGAAAAUCUUCUAAUUCUGGAGCCUCAAAGAUUUUCUGCCUACCCCCAAUAAGCUUCCCAGUGCAUAAGCUAGAGUUCGGAGCAGUCUCGGGUUCUUCCCAACUAUACAUGGUGACAUCUGUUCUAAAACCUACUGUAGACCUGUUGAAAGGUUCAGUGUGGUGGACACUUAUUGUCUGGGCAUGGACGUCCUGGUUGGGAUAGGCCUGCCUCUCUGAGACAUUCCAUGAUGUUUUGGUGACACCUUUCCAUGUUCUGUAACUGGGGACUAUGGACUGACCUGCAUGUAAUGGUCCUUAGCAGGGAGGCAGCAAAGCCAUAGCCAUGUUCCAUGUGGCCUGGCUAGCAUGGGAGAUGUGCAGGUAGAGCAUUCCAGGGAGUUCUGCAGUCUGAACUUUACUGGGGCAUCCACACAUCUGCUGUUCUUCAAGACCUGUAGCCAUGGAGUCACACAACCCUUCUUUCUCAGUGGUCCUGUCCAGCAUGAGAGUUUAAAGGCCAGAAAAUGGAUGCUCCCACAGACAGGUGCUAUUGGGCAAGUCCUCAGGAAGGGUGUUGGCCCAAGGCCCCAUAUGCUAAGUGUGUUUUGCUUAGUCGGUUUUGUAUUAUUCUCAUUCAAAUAACUGAGAAUUUAUUGUGUAGCUUUUGUUACAUCGAUAAUUUACAUUUUUCUAGAUCUAUUUUGGAUAUUUUUAAAUAAAAAAAUUGAGAUAUAAACAUGCAGAACUUGACACUUCAUCCCUCCAGAUAGAUGUUGGGCAGGCGACCGCUGACAAGUGGUGAGUGACAGUGAAUUCUGCGUGGUAUCACGGGGGAGAAGGGGAGAGAGGCAGCUUUCAGGACGAGCUCGUGUGUGGAACAAAUGUGGACACAUGCUUAACACUCCAGCUGUAUGAGUUUUUACUGCAUGACAAUGAGGUGGAAGGGCCAACGGGGCUUAGUGCCAUUUCAUUCUCUGCAGGCGAUUGUCCUGGAUCAUCCCUGGGAAUAUCAGCUCAGUGGAACCUGCAUCCUUAGGAUGCACAGCCAGUCACCAGGUAGAUCUGUUUUCCUAGCUGCUGCGAUUGGGAGGGUUGCGGGGGCAGAUACUGAAGACUUGGAAUGGGUGUGUUGUGCUCACUGGAGCAAAGGGGGCAGGUAAGCUGAGCGUUAAUAUGCUCACCAGUCGCUUGGUAAGGGGGAGACUCGAGGCAGGCAACUGUGGGCUGAGGAGGUUCUGAGGAUCGGGGAGAGCGAGAAUGGAAAUGAGUGUUGUUUAGUUUCAUGGACCAACGAGAGAAAGGAUCUGUGGUCAGCCAGAGGGAGUCUGGGUGAGGCCUUCAAGUAGGGAAAAGGCUUGCUAGGAAAAACCAUGGUGUAAAAAUGGCUAUCGGGAAGUGUCUAAUGUGGAGACAUCCUAUAAAUAAUGUAGGCAAUGUUGCACUCUCCCAGAGAAGCCAUCUGCAAAAAGGCAGGCCUAUUCAUGAAACUACGCUGGAAGAGUCAGUGAGUGCACUCGGUUGCUAGAAGCCUGAAGUUUGUUAAAACCAUCUGAUUUCCAUUGAGGUCUCAGGAGCUAAUGGACACUGCUUGUUAGUUCUCUAUGUGGCUUAUCCAGGGCUCUUGUCAUCCUGCCUCUCCCUACUCCCCACAGUGACAUGGCAGAAAUACCUUCCUCUGCUACAGUCUCCACUCGCUUUUCAGACCCUUGAGGCCGGCUCCUGGGCAGCAGUCAGUCAUCUGGCCCUGGCAACUCCGGCAGCAGUUCUGGAAAAACACUGGAUGAGGUCCUGAGUCACUGACAGCCCUAGGAGCAAGGCCAGGAGCGCAAGUCCACUGCCAAGAAAAAGCCCGAGGAGGGGAGCAAGAUGCCCAGAGCCAAACUAAGUCAUCAUCCACGUCAGACAUUCCCAGAUCAGUGUUUUAAAAAGAUUUAAUACAUUUAUGUGUGUCAUGUGUGUGCAAGUGUCUGCGAGGCCAGAAGAAGGUACUGGAUCAGCUGGAGCUGGAGUUGCAGUUGGUUGUAAGCUACAUGUAUGUGGUCACACAUGCAGGCCGUGGGAGACAAGCCCAGAACUGCUGAGAGAUCAGAAAGCACCCGACUGGAUGGCACACAAAGAAAAAGGCGAACACAAGUAUCACGUA